UUCUUUCCAAAGUCUAUCUAUGUUUUGCCUUCUUCACAAGCAUUAUAUAUUGUCGUCGCUAUUGCUCUGCCUUGUGAUCAUCAUUGUUUUACUGGUAAGUCUCUUUGUCUCCUUCAUCUUGUUCUCUGCGAGAGUGGAGUAGAUAUGGAAGUAGAAGAAGGAGCAAGUGUUGGUGUUGGUGGUGGGAAGAUAAAGGUUGGAGUAUGCGUCAUGGAAAAGAAGGUCUCCUCAAGUCCCAUGGGUCAAAUUUUGGACAGACUGGAGUCGUUUGGUGAAUUUGAGAUCUUACAUUUUCGGGAUAAAGUCAUACUUGAAGAUCCAAUAGAAAGCUGGCCCAUUUGUGAUUGCUUGAUUGCUUUCCAUUCCUCUGGAUAUCCUCUUGAAAAGGCUCAGGCUUAUGCUGCUUUAAGAAAGCCAUUUUUAGUGAAUGAACUAGAUCCACAGUAUCUUCUUCAUGAUCGCCGCAAGGUGUACGAGCAUCUUGAGAUGUAUGGAAUCCCAGUUCCUAGGUAUGCUUGUGUCAACAGAAAGGUACCAAAUGAAGACCUAGAUUAUUUUGUCGAGGAAGAAGAUUUUGUUGAGGUUAAUGGUGAACGCUUCUGGAAGCCAUUUGUGGAAAAGCCUGUCAAUGGAGAUGACCAUAGUAUCAUGAUAUACUACCCUAGCUCUGCAGGUGGAGGCAUGAAAGAAUUGUUCCGCAAGAUUGGGAACCGAUCAAGUGAGUUUCAUCCAGACGUCAGAAGAGUAAGAAGAGAGGGUUCCUUUAUAUAUGAAGAGUUUAUGUCCACCGGAGGAACUGAUGUCAAGGUAUACACAGUGGGUCCUGAAUACGCACAUGCUGAAGCAAGAAAGUCGCCUGUUGUUGAUGGUGUUGUUAUGAGGAAUACUGAUGGCAAGGAAGUGAGAUAUCCAGUGUUGCUUACACCUGCAGAAAAGCAAAUGGCUAGACAACUUUGCAUUGCAUUUAGGCAAACUGUGUGUGGGUUUGAUCUUCUACGAUCUGAGGGAUGUUCAUAUGUUUGUGAUGUAAAUGGAUGGAGUUUUGUCAAGAACUCUUACAAGUAUUACGACGAUGCUGCUUGUGUGCUAAGAAAAAUGUGUUUGGAUGCAAAGGCUCCUCAUCUGUCAUCGACUCUCCCUCCCACUUUGCCUUGGAAGUUCAAUAAACCUGUACAGUCUAAUAAAGGACUAACCCGCCAAGGCAAUGGGCAGUCAGAAGAGCUACGUUGUGUCAUUGCUGUUAUUCGACAUGGCGAUCGAACUCCAAAACAGAAGGUGAAACUAAAUGUUACAGAGGAGAAACUGUUAAACCUGAUGUUGAAGUACAAUGGUGGAAAGCCAAGAGCUGAGACAAAACUAAAAAGUGCAGUCCAGUUGCAAGACCUAUUAGAUGCAACAAGAAUGUUAGUUCCCCGUACAAGACAAGGUCGUGAGAGUGAGAGUGAUAGUGAUCCAGAAGACCUUGAACAUGCUGAGAAGCUUCGCCAAGUUAAAGCAGUUCUUGAAGAGGGAGGAAAUUUCUCGGGGAUAUACAGGAAGGUUCAACUGAAGCCGCUGAAGUGGGAUGGUGAAGGCGAAGAAGAAAGACCUGUAGAGGCCCUUAUGAUACUUAAAUACGGCGGUGUUCUAACUCACGCUGGUAGAAAGCAGGCAGAAGAGCUUGGUAGAUUCUUUCGAUACAAUAUGUAUCCAGGUGAAGGGACUGGUUUGCUUCGUCUCCAUAGUACAUACCGUCAUGACCUUAAGAUUUACAGCUCUGACGAGGGACGUGUUCAGAUGUCUGCAGCUGCUUUUGCUAAAGGCCUGCUUGACCUAGAAGGACAGCUGACGCCAAUCCUGGUUUCUUUGGUUAGCAAGGACUCUUCCAUGUUGGAUGGUCUUGAUACUGCCAGCAUUGAAAUGGAAGCUGCCAAGGCUAGAUUGAAUGAGAUUGUAACGUGUGGCAGAAAAAUGAUCAAUGAGCAUGGUUCCUCUGAUGAAUUCCCUUGGAUGACUGAUGGAGCUGGAGUUCCUCUCAAUGCUAAUGAACUCCUCCGUGAAUUGGUGACAUUGACCAAGAAUGUGACUGAACAAGUAAGAAUACUUGCAAUGGAUGAGAAGGAGAACCUCACUGAGCCAUAUGAUAUGUAUGAUCAAGCAAAGGCUCUUGGAAAGACAAACAUUGACAGUGAUAGGAUUGCUUCUGGAUUACCAUGCGGUAGUGAAGGGUUUCUUCUCAUGUUUGCUCGGUGGAUAAAGCUCGCAAGGGAUCUCUACAAUGAAAGAAAAGACCGAUUUGACAUCACGCAGAUUCCGGAUAUUUAUGAUUCAUGCAAGUACGACCUGUUGCAUAAUUCCCAUCUAGGUCUACAAGGAUUAGAUGAACUCUUCAAAGUUGCACAGUUGCUUGCAGAUGGUGUGAUCCCAAACGAGUAUGGAAUCAAUCCACAACAGAAGCUUAAAAUCGGUUCAAAGGUUGCUAGGCGCUUAAUGGGGAAGAUCUUGAUAGACUUGAGGAAUACUCGAGAAGAAGCAAUGAGUGUUGCUGAACUGAAAGAACAACAUGUCACAUUGUCAUUAUCUUCCUCGAAAAAACAUCAAGACAAAAAUAUUCAACCAAAGAGAGAUGAUUUGAGAAGACCUGGCACUGGUGAUAAGGAUGAAGAUGAUGACGAUAAAGAAACCAAAUACCGAUUAGAUCCUAAGUAUGCAAAUGUCAAGACACCUGAACGUCAUGUUAGGACUAGACUCUACUUCACUUCUGAAUCGCAUAUUCAUUCGCUGAUGAACGUACUUAGAUACUGUAACCUCGACGAAUCACUUCAAGGAGAAGAAAGUCUCAUCUCCCAAAACGCAUUGGAACGUCUUUUCAAAACAAAAGAACUUGAUUACAUGAGCUACAUUGUCCUAAGGCUCUUUGAAAACACCGAGGUAUCACUCGAAGACCCCAAGAGAUUCCGCAUUGAACUUACAUUCAGCCGUGGAGCUGAUUUGUCCCCCUUAGAGGAGAAGAAUGACGACGAGGCAGAGUCAUUGAUGAGGGAACACACGCUUCCGAUAAUGGGACCAGAGAGGCUGCAAGAGGUUGGUUCUUGUUUAACACUGGAGACUAUGGAGAAAAUGGUUCAUCCUUUUGCUAUGCCACCUGAAGAUUUCCCUCCUGCUUCGGCUCCGGUUGGUUUCUCCGGUUACUUCUCCAAAAGCGCUGCAGUGCUCGAGCGUCUAGUUAAACUCUUCCACAGCUACAAAAACUCUUCUUCUAAUGGAAAAGGCUGAAAGGGGAGCAUGCAUAC